UGGUGUACAAAUCCUGCAAUAGUCCGAAUCAGAUGCAAAGAGAGGAGAGCGAAGCGCGAGACACGAAUGAGCCAGUGAGGAUUGCUUGAAGUUGAGGCGCCCAACGAAGAACAAUGGUGAACUACAUGCUGAUGAUCGCCGCUGACCUUGAGAACCUCACCAACCUUGAACCCCAAGGUGGCUGCGAUGACCCCAAUUUCUCCUACCUCUUCAAGGUAAAAUGUGGGAGAUGUGGAGAGGUGAGCCAAAAGGAAACUUGCGUGGCCUUGAAUGAAACUGUUCCUCUCCCAGUUGGCAAGGGGACAACUAAUCUCAUUCAGAAGUGCAAGUUUUGUGGCAGAGAUGGCACAGUGACAAUGAUUCCAGGACGAGGUAAACCACUAACCCAGGAAAUGAGUGAAUCAGGGAAUUAUGCCCCAUUGAUGUUAUUCGACUGCCGAGGCUAUGAGCCGGUGGAUUUCAUAUUUAGCGGUGGAUGGAAAGUUGAAUCCCUAGAGGGGACUAAAUUUGUAGACGUUGACUUGUCAAGUGGAGAGUUUGCUGAGUAUGAUGAGAAGGGAGAGUGCCCGGUCAUGAUAUCAAACGUCCGUGCUACUUUUGAUGUGGUGAAGUAGAGUUCGCGUCAUACCAGGGAGCAUCAUGGAACGCAGCCGUUGACACGGUGGACUGACACAUUAUGUUGUGUUAACUGAUAAACUGGGAUAUUAUAGUGUUCUUGCUUGACACGCUGUAUGUAGUUUCCUGCUGGCCUGUUUUCUUGGUGUAUAAAACUAAUGUUGUGAAUGAGCUCCUGAGCUGAGACAUAUCAUCAUAACAAGCUUGUGGGUUCUGUUGAAGCUCAACUUACAUGAGCAUCCCUGAUAUUUGCUUGAUAAGCCAAAAACAGGAAAACCGGAUACCAGCUUCCAACCGAUUGACGGGGCACACUUGUAAGAGGAACAAGUCGGGCGGUCUCCAUUGCCGUAUGGAUCUGCGCGCUUCGUGUUUACAAGCACGGUGAGUGCCAAUUAAAAGGCCGAAGUCCUAAAUGGUGACUGGAGACUGAAUUUCAAGAACUUAUGCUGACCGAAGUCUUAAAUGCUUACAAUUUUGCUUUCGGGACGUGAA